AGUAACAAUGCAAGGAUGUUUAGGGUAUGUUCCCUUAUCAAUGUAAUACUUAAAUUCAGAGCUGGUCUUCAUCAACAUCUAGACUGAUUAUAGGCAGCAAAACUAUUGUGCACGCUAACUACACUUCCUGUCGAGUAUGAACCUCGGUUAGUUGAUAGCUAACGAAGUCUUGGGACAUAUUCGAAAACUUUUCUCUGUUCUUGCCAACUUGCUUCGCUUGGGAAUUAGAUAUGUCUGUCAACCAAGGGCUUUAUCCAAUGGAAGCUGACAAAGAGCCGUCGAUCAACAUAGACAGUUCAGAAAUAGUUGUCCUUAGUUCAGAUGAUGAGAAUGAUUCACAGAAUUCUCAUGACAAUAUUUCAAAUGAAAAACUUUCAAGCAGUGUUAUAUCUGUCGAAGAUGAUGAUGAUAAUAAUACUAAUAAUGACGAGUCUGCCGAAAGCGAUUGUGAGAUCUUAAAUGUUGAAGAGUUGCAAGGUGAAGAGAAGUGGCGUGAUAUUCAUGGUCCUUUCAAGCGGCUGAAUAGGCUUAUACAAGCUGGCUUUAAUGAUCCACGACUAUUGUUGGUUCGUGUUUUUGGGAUGGAUGAAAACUCUUUACCAUCUGAUCCUAACCAAUUAUUAAGUUUAUUAUUGACACUUUUGGCCGAACCUGCUCCACGACGUAGACUGCGCCGUAUAAAUAGUUUAGAAAAAGUUCUGUCACUUCUGUCUACUUGUACAUCAAUCCUCGUAAUCACUGGUGCUGGGAUUUCAGUGUCAUGUGGAAUUCCUGAUUUUCGUUCUCGUGAUGGUAUUUAUGCUCGCUUAUCUCGGGAUUAUCCAGAUCUAUCAAGUCCACAGGCAAUGUUUGACAUGUCAUAUUUCAAACGAAAUCCUAUUCCUUUCUUUAAAUUCGCCAAGGAGCUCUUCCCUGGUCAGUUUUCACCCUCGAUUACUCACCGGAUGAUUGCUUUAUUGGAGUCCAAAGACAAAUUAUUGCGUAACUACACACAGAAUAUCGAUACUUUGGAACAGGCUGCUGGAAUUACUCGACUUAUUCAGUGUCAUGGUUCAUUUGCAUCAGCCACUUGUACAAACUGUAAACUAAAAGUUUCAUCUGAUUUUAUUAAAGAGGCUAUUUUUAAUCAAUCUAUACCACGAUGUACAAAUUGUUGGCCGUCAAAAAUCGAUUCAUCAUCAUUAUUACCAGAUGAAAUGAAUGAUUCGGAGUCUACAAAUCAUUCAUCUGAUUUAUCUACUGUAGAAGAAAAUCCUAAUAAUAAUAAUAGUAAUAUGUCAGUUGAUACAUCUCCAAAAGUUAAAUCGAAACGAACUAAUAAAUCUCGACGUAGACUAGCUUCAUAUGGUGUAUUAAAACCGGAUAUCGUGUUUUUUGGUGAAGGUUUAUCAAAUGAAUUUCAUGACUCUCUUUCCAAUGAUAUAAAACAGACGGAUCUAGUUUUAGUUAUUGGAUCAUCGUUAAAAGUUCGACCUGUCUCUCAUAUUCCUAAUGCUGUUCCUAGGCAAGUUCCACAAAUACUUAUUAAUAGAGAACCUUUAUCUAAUCAUGAUUUCGAUGUUGAAUUGCUUGGAGAUUGUGAUAUCAUUGUCAGCGAAUUAUGCCAUCGAUUGGGUUGGGAAGUUUCCGGAUUAUCAGAUUAUACACCUCUUACUGAAAUUCCCUUAAAUUCGCUAAAAAAUACAACUGAACCACUAAAAUCUGAUGAAAAAUCUCCAAAUAUAUCUCAUCUCAUUGCUCAGGACACAGUGUCUUCGGACUUAGUGAACAAUCAAUCCCAAAUAAAUAAUUCAGAAGUUGAUGGAAAGACUUGUACCUCUACUGUGGUUUCUGCGUCUGAUAAUUCUUCAGAGGUGAUUAAUAAGAAUUCUCCGAAUGAUGCAGUAAUUGAAGUUAGUGAAGAUGAGGAAGAUGGAGAGUGUGUUUGGGAGGUAGCGUCGAGUUUACCACCUGGAACAUUUACUCGUAUUUAUCCAAAUCAGUAUGUUUUCCCUGGUGCUGAAAUAUAUUUAGACAGUAAACCCGGUGAAGUAACGAUCUCAUGUAAUGCCUCAGAUAUCUCUAUUACGUCGAAUGCAUCAUCAGAAUCGUCUACUUCCGGUCAUAAUGAUGACUUAGAUCAGAUAAGAGAUUCACUUAAAGAUGAAUCUGUUUCCAUUGAUAUAACUGAAAAAGAAGAGUCCAGUAUUCAUUCAUCUGAUUCGCGUAAAUCUUUAAAACGGCAUAAUUCCAAUGAGAAUCUGUCUUUGAAUAAACAAUCAUCGUUAAAACAACCUCGAUCUAUGUAAAAAAAAAGUAAACUGGAAGACAUGAAAAUCAUUCAGUAAAGAAGUAGAAAAGAAAACAAUUAACAUGAAUCUCAUUAAAACAAAGACGACAACAAAAAGCUUGUUAGCUAUUUUUAUUCUUUUUCGUCUCAUCCCAUUAUUGCUUAUAUCCAUAAAUUUUUGUGUAAAUAAAAAAAAAUAUAUAUAUAUAUAUAUAUCACAUAUUUUGUGUGUUUAUUUUUAUUCUUUACUGAUAUAUAUGUGUAUAUCCUUCUUUUUUUCAAUGGAACAUUUUGUGACUACCUGUUUAUGACCACUUUUCAUUGAGUUAAAUUAAUCCACACAUUGUUAAUAUAGAUUCUGUAAAGAAAAAGGAGGAACGAAGAUUAUAAUGAUAAUUAUUAUCAGUGUUUUCUUUCAAACACAUUUCCAUGUAUGUUUCUCACUUAUUUUACUUGAAAAAAAAAUUCUUCCCUCUUUUCUUUUCCACUUAUUAUUAAUUUAUUCAUGAUGAAUUUUGAACAUGUUUUUCUAUGCAUUUGUUGUACACUAUAAACUUAUUUUCUCGGUUAUUGUUUUACAAACAAUUAUUAUAUUAACAAGUUCUUAAGAGAUAA